UAAGCAACGUCAACAAGAUGCCGGUAUGCCCGACCCUAAUCCCUCCAGAGCACGCCCAUUCCCGUCGACGACAAUGCGUACCGCCGAUGCGCCGCCUCUGGCGAAGCUGCGUCGUCGUCGGCGUGCUCUGCGAUGAAAUUGCCCGACCUGGACACUGAUGAAUCUUCCUUUCCAGAGCCACAAGUCUUUCCGAACCAAGCAGAAGCUGGCCAAGGCCCAGAAGCAGAACCGCCCGGUUCCGCAAUGGAUCAGGCUCCGAACUGACAACAACAUUCGCUACAACGCUAAGCGAAGGCACUGGCGCAAGACCCGCCUGGGUAUCUAAAUGCUCAAAUCGUCCAUUCUCGAGCCUCUGCAUCGACACCCGACUUCUCGAUUGGCAUGGUAUCACGGCGAUGUGACGGAGGGAGGGGAGGACUGUCACGGCAUGGGGGUGUCAUCAGUGCACGGGAUGGGCAGGUUGCCUGGUUUCUCGAUUCUUGCGAUUACUGCAUGUCACGGUCGGUCAUAGGGAAAGGAAUGAAAAGACUUUGAUGCCCCAUCAGUACGGGCCUGAACCAUCGGGAUGCUCUCGUCGACUCGCCGUGAAUUCUGAGACGGCUCACGUGCACACUCACCAUGUUUAAGGGAAUGGGCGUCCGACAAAGUCGACGGAGACGACGUUUGUACGCCUCGUCGCAGAGUCUUCGUGUCACAUCGAUGACACCAAAUGACCUCGAGCAGUUACAUAAGAGCUUCUAUUCAUGUUAAGAAAUACG